AUGAAGGUCACAAUCGCUCUUCUUAUCAUCACCCGCUUAGCGGCGGCUAUUCCUUCAAAACCCACUGAGCCCUUCUGGUAUUCCUCCAAAGUGGACGAAACAGAUUCAAGACCAUCGCUACCCGAGGAUGCGAAAACUGUGCUGAGAAGGGCGGGUGGUGACCAGGCCGAUCUGCGUAUCGCCUCCAAAAGAGCCUAUUACGAUAAUAACAAACCGCAUGGAGAGUCCGAAGUAAUCAAUCUGUACAUUUACAAUGCCGGUCCCAAUCGAGCAGUAGCCCCCGAGAUCAGGGCUGGCUACGGAGGCUCCAUGGACCAGGACAAAGCCACAACUACUUUGCGUCAAGUGAACGAGUGGCGUCAACCAUCUGAAGGCAUAAAACAUGGCUCCCUUGCUUGGACCGGUUUGCCCAAUCCAUCCAGUAGGGUUGACGAGCAGGACAUGGUGAUUACCCUUCCAGACGUUCUAGCAGGGGUACUCAUGGAACUCAACAUAUCGUUUCCCAUGACACAUGAAAUAUCCUAUGCCGACCACACAACGAAGGCAUCAGUUUCGUCGUCGACAACCGAUCCACGUAAAGAGAAUAACGAAGCUACAUAUAUCAUUACUCCUAAUCAUCACGAUGAUGGUCAAGAUUAUUGGAGUACCCCCGGUAACCUGGCCAAUCUCGACUUUAACGCGCUCAAAGCCGAGCCACUCUCACAGGCAGAUCUGCGCAUUGCUUCCGCCAGAGAACGCUACAAUAAUGAUUUGCCGUACGGACAGAACGAGGUCUUGACAUUUCUCGUCUUUAACGAUGGACCAACUAUUGCCACUAAGCCUGUUUUAACCGCGGGCUACGCCUCGUCAAUGGACAAGGACAAAAUGUCGUCUAGCACUGAACAGGUUUGGGUACCUGAUGGAGUCGAUCCUACGUGGGAUCUUGAACACCACGUCUGGCAGCCUCUUGACGGCGCCAAUUGCCACAUUGACGAAAGCAAUGUUGUUUGUGAUCUUCCAGAUAUUCCACCCACAGUGUUGUAUCGAGUCAACAUCACUUUCCCAAUGAGCCAUGAAACUACAUACAAGGACCAUACCGCCACUGCCAAGAUCUCGUCUCAAGCCACGGAUCCGAAUCCAGAUAACGAUUCUACGAGUUAUGUCAUCACACCAAAUCACGACGACGGUGGUGAUGAAUACUGGCGGGCUCCUGGGAACAUUGCGCAGUUGAAUGGUCCUUCUAAGCCGGUUGGAGGUCGAGCAUGCAUGACAGGCUGGCUUCUCGAUACCCCAAUCAUCAUGUCAAACAGUAAUGGCCGUGCGCAACUUCCUCUAGAAGAGCUAGAGGAAUGGAUUAAUUCAAAGGUGGGCCAGGUCAUGAGUUACGACAUUGGUGAGAAACAAUUGAAGCCAAAAACUGCCACCGGCGUCGAAUAUGGGACUUCUAAUGAAGUCACCGUCGUUUCCUUCUCCUCGGAUGGCGAGACUCAACUAUCCUGGAGUGCCCACCCAGACACGCUGGUGUACCUGAAUCCUACGACGAUCGAGGUUGGCCAAGACAAGGUGCGCCUUGGCUACUGGAUUCCGGUGCGAAUGCUUUGGGUUGGCGCAACCGUGCGAGGGAUGAAUCCCGACGGUGGCAUAACAUUGUCCCAGGUGACGAAUAUACGGCAAGAAAAGGGUUCAGAGUUCAGAAGCGCCCAGCCUCACAUGGUGAGCCAAAGCCAUAGCUACGUCAUUGGAACAAUGGGCGCAGGAGGCAUACUCACCCACAAUCCAAACGACAACCGGCUCUGCGGCGAUGCCAAUGGCCCAGCCAGGCUGGCACUCCUUGCCGUUAUUGCAAACUUCCUGAUAGCAACACCACCUCUUCCCAAUGUUCCACAACAAGGAUACCACCUCCGUCACCGACGGCCUACCGACCCCCCUACUCCACGGCCUGCACACGGGCCGCCUGUCCUGCCUGCGGAUGUACCCCGGCGUGACGAGCAUGGAAACUGGCUCGUCUACUUGUACGAGGAAGACACGCCGGCUGCCGUGGAGAAUGCUCGCUACGCGGUCAACGAGGCCGGGCAUCCUUGGCAACUCACCUAUGAUCCGGCGGGUGCGGCUGCUCGACGAAGACAGUCUACCGGUGCACAUCCGUCGCAGAGGGAACUUCUCCAACUGACGACCGCGGAGCUCACGGGCGGUGCUGGAACCGGACAGCUGGACCGCGAUGAGUAUCCGCCUGCCAUUGCGCGGGAAGGCGGAACAGGCGCCGUCGUCACCUACAUCGAAGCUGGGGAUAAUCGCAGAGCCGGCAGCCUGAUGGGACAGCAGUUUGCAAACUACAGGACGAACCCGCAGCCCGACGGUCAUGCACCGUUUGGCCCUGGUGAUACAUUCCGAUAUGCUAUUAUUCACGAGAACUUGAGAACUAUUGAAUAUCUUGGAGAUGGCAUCGUGGAUGAGACGCAGAUUGAUGCACCACCCACCCCUUGA